AUGCCAUCAAUACCCCCCACGACCAUUGAAGAGAUCCUGGCGACAGGAACCAUCGAUCCAGUCUUCGCCGACGCAGUGAAAUCGUCCUCCCUCAAACCCGGCUCGAGCUAUACGGCCCAGGAGCUCAAAGAUCUCACUGUUGCCGCUCUACCCGCAUAUCACAGCCAGCUCUCGCACACACGCCCACGGAAUAUCACCGAAUCGGCACAUUUCAUCAAACUCCGCGAUGAUUACCCUUGCCGUAUCAUUGUGUGUCAUCUCACCUCCGACCUUUCGGGCACGACGCCUAGGCCGUUGAUCCUCCUGUUCCAUGGGGGCGGACAUACGGUAGGGUAUCCAGAAAUGGAACUACCGCUGGCGCGAAAGCUGGUAAUGGAGCAUGCCGCCAUAGUCAUCUGCGCCUCCUACCGACUGGCACCUGAAUUCCCGUUCCCGUUCUCGAUCUGCGAUGCGUGGGAGACACUGGAAUUCGCCGCAAGUGAGUCGCGCAAAUCCAACUCGGCGAUCCUGCCCAAAUGUACCGACGCUCGUCUCGGCUUCAUUGUCGGCGGUGUCUCGGCCGGGGCCAACUUGUCCGCCUCCCUCGCCCAUCUCGCUCGCGACCAUAACCUCUACCCGCCACUGACCGGCCAGGUCCUCUGCGCCGGCACCUUCAUCUCACCAGACCAUGUGCCUGAGAAGUACCGGGAGCGGUAUCAGUCGUGGACGCAGAACGCCAAUGCGCCGAUGAUGGACAAAGAGCUGUAUACGGUCUUCCACACUGCGUUCAGCCCCGACGCCACUAGUAAGUUGUGGGCCAGCUUCGACCAGCACCAUCCAUCAGAUGAAGGAACAGGGUCGGUGCGGCACGGCCAUCUUGGUGUAGCCCCUGCAUAUUUCCAGGUCUGCGGUGUGGACAUGUUUCGGGAUGACGGUUUGAUUUACGAGCGUGUGCUCAGGGAGGAGUGCGAUGUGCCGACGAGGUUGGAUUUGUAUCCUGGCUGGGGACAUUGUUGGUGGAGUACAUUCCCAGAGCUGGAGAUGAGUAGGAAGAGGAUGAACGACAUCGUUGAAGGCGUCAGGUGGUUGUUGAAUGUUGGACGAACAGCUGGAACAUGA